GUUGAGGCCCCUGACACCGGAAAUACAUGCCAGUAAUACAUACUCGUAAAAUGCUUGGGCACUUCACACGUCACACAGACAACUUAGAUCACCCGCUUAAACUCAGCAGUAAAUGUGUGGCGAAGGAAUUAUUCUUAUUAACCCUUAUUCACAUGUCAAAAGGAAAGCUUUAGUAACUGAAAACAUCAAUUAAGUGUAUGUGAAUAAAAUGCGUGUUUCUGACACAAUCAGUGUUUCUGUUGGUUGUGGGGAUGGAAGCCUUCACGCAGAGGUUAAAAGUGUCGACAAAGACGAACCGUCUACAGAUCACAUCAAAGACGAGCUGAAAAAUGAUCUCGUAACACAUCCUGGCUUUGAUGUCUUGGAUGCGGCUACCAAGGCAACUAGUAGGUCUACCGCUCAUGCGUCAACUUCAAAACUGGAAAACGCGCUAAGAAACUUGAACGUUAACGAAUUAUCAGCAGAAGAUGACGACGAGAAGCUGUCGCCAAGCAGUCGAUCAGCGGGCUACACUUGCCAGCGCCAGGACAUCACAUCCGACUUCCAGUACGACAUGUCUCACAGAGCACGUGGCAAGGCGGUCAUCGUCAACAACGUCAAUUUCGCGCCAGAAACGGAGAUGGGCGAACGAACGGGAAGCGAAAAAGACGCAGACGAGUUAGUCGAUGCUGUGCGAUCACUGGGCUUCAGCACAGAAAGAUACAGCGACCUGACACGCCUUCAGCUCCUGCGCAUUUUUCAAAAUGUGUCUGCAGAAGAUCACAGCGAUGUCGACUGUUUCAUGUUCUCCAUCAUGUCACACGGUGCAGAUGGAGGAGUAAUAUACUGUACGGACGGUGUCCUGUGCCUGGAAGAACUCAUACAUGAGUUGCGGGGAGAUCGAUGCAAAACACUCAUUGGAAAACCCAAAAUCUUUUUCAUUCAGGCUUGUCGAGGGGAACGUCUUGAUUGCGGAGUUGAACUACCCAGUGAGGACAUCACUGACGAAGUUGACAGCGGUGGAACACGUCUUAGUUCACUAGUCAUUCCUUUGGAGGCGGAUUUUCUUGUUGCGUAUUCAUCACCACCUGGUUACUUCUCCUGGCGAAAUGUCUCUUCGGGAGCAUGGUUCAUUCAAGCUUUGAUCAAGGUACUGAAGGAUCACGGAAAUUCCCUGGAAAUCAACCAGCUUCUGACCAGGGUAAACCACGAAGUCGCCUACAGAAACAUCUCCAACUCCAGCAUGCCCGACUUUAACAAGAAGAAACAAAUGCCAUACUACACGUCCACGUUGACUAAAGAACUUUACUUCGCUUCUCACAAAAAUUGAAUCUUAUUCUCUCCAACGUUUUUUGUGCCAUUCGGAAUCAUGAGUGGUCCCAGUCAGAGUUGGCAGCAGGACAUUUUUGCAAGUCCAUGUCCAGUCACAAGUCAACGGCUGGUAAACACAGGUCAAGCCAAAAGUCACAUCAUUAGCGACCCGAAUCCGACUCAGUCUAAGUCCCAUGACUCAAGUCAACAACUCUGGUCCCGGCCUGCAGGUCAGUAGGGUUACCCCACAGAAAAAAAUGUUGGAGGGGAAAGAGGAGGCCAUUAUUUAAAAUAUAUUCAGAUAAGUGUAAUAUUUAAAUAACUCCACAGAUUAAAUAAUUUGCAAAGAAAUACAUCAAAUAUUCUGAUAAAUAAAUGAAACAUUAAAUUGCAGGAAGGCUCACAAAAGCAUCUUUAUACGAUUUGAGGAAUAAAUCUUGACUUGCAUUUUAGCAAUUUGCUAAAUUUUCCUGGAAAAGCAUUCAUGCAUGGUUUAAUGAUCUAGAGAAAAGUGAUUCUUAUUGAAACAUUUAAAAAAAACCUUAUUUAUGCCUUCUAUAAACUAUUGUGUUUAGGAAAAUAUUCUCAAGUAGUUUGUUGAAUCGCAACCUGAAACUGGCGAUCGUGUGGGACGGGAGGGAUUGCCCCCCCCUCCCAUGCACAAAGACACUUUUAGUUUAAGCGCUAACAUUUUGGCAAAACAUUGGGGCCUCUUUACGGGUGAAAACAAGAUGGAAAAUUGCUUUACAAAGUAGAAAUCCACGUUAAUUUACCCCCGACUAAAACAUGUUUACAACUUCACUUUUUUCACUCCGUUCGAGAACAGGGGUUAGGUUUACUUAAAAUAAUUGAGGCAUUUAAAUAUUUUUAGUUCUUUGUGCUUGUUCGUGAGGUCUAGGCCUACAAUCGAGGAAUUAAUGGAUAAUCAAUAUUUAUACGCCGUGCAUUGCAGUUUCUGGUUCCAUGUUAGUUGACGUUUCUUUCGUUUCCUUUCCAGUUUUUACAGUAACUACCAGUGAAUAUUUUGUAUUACAAAGCGGCCGGUAGUGAUCAUAAAUUGGACCUAAUGUUGUUAUUCUCACGGACUGUUGGUAUCUUUGCCAUUUUCCAAGGAAUAUAACAGGGAAUAAAUUGUCGCUAAUGUCGCUAACAAA